AUGGACCUGGCAAUUGCCAUCAACACUGGCUACCAUCCCCCAGACACUGGCUACCAUCCCCCAGACACUGGCUACCAUCCCCCAGACACUGGCUACCAUCCCCCAGACACUGGCUACCAUCCCCCAGACACUGGCUACCAUCCCCCAGACACUGGCUACCAUCCCCCAGACACUGGCUACCAUCCCCCAGACACUGGCUACCAUCCCCCAGACACUGGCUACCAUCCCCCAGACACUGGCUACCAUCCCCCAGACACUGGCUACCAUCCCCCAGACACUGGCUACCAUCCCCCAGACACUGGCUACCAUCCCCCAGACACUGGCUACCAUCCCCCAGACACUGGCUACCAUCCCCCAGACACUGGCUACCAUCCCCCAGACACUGGCUACCAUCCCCCAGACACUGGCUACCAUCCCCCAGACACUGGCUACCAUCCCCCAGACACUGGCUACCAUCCCCCAGACACUGGCUACCAUCCCCCAGACACUGGCUACCAUCCCUCAGACACUGGCUACCAUCCCCCAGAUACUGGCUACCAUCUCCCAGACACUGGCUACCAUCUCCCAGUCACUGGCUACCAGCUCCCAGUCACUGGCUACCAGCUCCCAGUCACUGGCUACCAGCUCCCAGUCACUGGCUACCAGCUCCCAGUCACUGGCUACCAGCUCCCAGUCACUGGCUACCAGCUCCCAGUCACUGGCUACCAGCUCCCAGUCACUGGCUACCAGCUCCCAGUCACUGGCUACCAGCUCCCAGUCACUGGCUACCAGCUCCCAGUCACUGGCUACCAUCCCCCAGUCACUGGCUACCAGCUCCCACAGCUCCAUGCGGAAGGACCAGAGGUGAAGACUGCUUUCUGGGACCCACACCCAAGUCCGCUGAUCACCCUGGAGACCCAGGACGGCUACUUCUCUCACCGGCCCAAAGAGAAAGUGCGGACAGACAGCAACAACGAGAACUCGGUCCCCAAAGAUUUUGAGAAUGUGGACAACAGCAACUUCGCCCCGAGGACUCAGAAGCAGAAGCACCAGCCUGAGCUGGCGAAGAAGCCCCUGAGCAGGCAGAAAGAGCUUUUGAAAAGGAAGCUGGAGCAGGAGAAGGGGAAGGGGCACUCCAUCCCGGGCAAAGGCGCCAACGAGGUGCUGCCGCCGGGCGAGAGAGCCGCAGGGAACAGCAGCCGUGGGAAGGAGGCCCCCCGACAGCCCCACGCCAGGAAAAGUGGGGGCAGCUCCCCGGAGAUCAAGUAUGACCAGCCCCCCAAGUGCGACAUCUCGGGCAAGGAGGCCAUCUCCGCCCUGUCCCGCUCCAAGUCCAAGCACUGCCGCCAGGAGAUCGGGGAGACCUACUGCCGCCACAAGCUGGGGCUGCUGAUGCCGGAGAAGGUGACUCGCUUCUGCCCGCUGGAAGGCAAAGCCAACAAGAAUGUCCAGUGGGACGAGGACUCCGUGGAGUAUAUGCUGGCCAACCCGGUCCGGAUCGCUUUCGUCCUGGUGGUGCAUGGCCGUGCCUCCCGGCAGCUGCAGCGCAUGUUCAAGGCCAUCUACCACAAAGACCACUUCUACUACAUCCACGUGGACAAGCGCUCCAACUACCUGCACCGCCAAGUGCUCCAGUUCGCCCGGCAGUACAGCAAUGUCCGCGUCACCCCUUGGCGGAUGGCCACCAUCUGGGGCGGCGCCAGCCUCCUGGCCACGUACUUGCAGAGCAUGCGGGACCUGCUGGAGAUGACCGACUGGCCCUGGGACUUCUUCAUCAACCUCAGCGCUGCCGACUACCCCAUCAGGACAAAUGACCAACUGGUGGCAUUUCUCUCCCGAUACCGAGAUAUGAAUUUCUUGAAGUCACACGGCCGGGACAAUGCAAGGUUCAUCCGGAAACAGGGCCUGGACCGGCUCUUCCUGGAGUGUGACGCCCACAUGUGGCGCCUGGGGGACCGGCGGAUCCCAGAGGGCAUUGCCGUGGAUGGCGGCUCCGAUUGGUUCCUGCUGAACCGCAAGUUUGUGGAGUAUGUGACGUUCUCCACGGACGAUCUGGUGACUAAAAUGAAGCAAUUCUACUCCUACACCCUGCUUCCUGCCGAGUCCUUCUUCCACACGGUCCUGGAGAACAGCCCCCACUGCGACACCAUGGUGGACAACAACCUGCGCAUCACCAACUGGAACCGCAAGCUGGGCUGCAAGUGCCAGUACAAGCACAUCGUGGACUGGUGCGGCUGCUCCCCCAACGACUUCAAGCCGCAGGACUUCCACCGCUUCCAGCAGACAGCCCGGCCCACCUUCUUUGCCCGGAAGUUCGAAGCCGUGGUGAAUCAGGAGAUCAUCGGGCAGCUGGACUAUUACCUGUACGGGAACUACCCCGCAGGCACCCCUGGGCUCCGCUCCUACUGGGAGAACAUCUAUGAUGAGCCUGAUGGCAUUCACAGCCUCAGCGACGUGACGCUCACCUUGUACCACUCCUUCGCCCGCCUGGGCCUCCGUAGGGCUGAGACGUCGCUGCACACUGAUGGGGAGAACAGCUGCAGGUACUAUCCCAUGGGCCACCCAGCGUCUGUCCACCUCUACUUCCUUGCUGACCGCUUCCAGGGCUUUGUGAUCAAGCAUCACGCUACCAAUCUGGCCGUGAGCAAACUCGAGACGCUGGAGACGUGGGUGAUGCCGAAGAAAGUCUUCAAGAUCGCAAGCCCACCCAGCGACUUUGGGAGGCUCCAGUUUUCUGAGGUCGGCACUGACUGGGAUGCCAAGGAGCGGCUCUUCCGCAACUUUGGGGGUCUCCUGGGGCCCAUGGACGAGCCGGUAGGCAUGCAGAAGUGGGGGAAGGGCCCCAACGUGACCGUGACCGUCAUCUGGGUGGAUCCCGUCAACGUCAUCGCAGCCACCUACGACAUCCUGAUUGAGUCCACGGCCGAAUUUACCCACUACAAGCCCCCUUUGAACUUGCCCCUGCGGCCUGGGGUCUGGACAGUGAAAAUUCUCCACCACUGGGUGCCAGUCGCAGAGACCAAAUUCCUCGUCGCACCUCUGACCUUCUCCAACAGGCAGCCCAUCAAACCGGAGGAGGCGCUAAAGCUGCACAAUGGACCCCCCCGUGGCGCCUACAUGGAGCAGAGCUUCCAGAGCCUGAACCCCGUCCUCAGCCUGCCCGUCAGCCCGGCCCAGGUGGAGCAGGCUCGGAGGAACGCGGCCUCCACCGGAGCUGCGCUGGAGCGCUGGCUGGACUCGCUGGUGGGCAGCAUGUGGACCGCCAUGGACAUCUGCGCCACAGGCCCCACUGCCUGCCCAGUCAUGCAGACCUGCAGCCAGACGGCCUGGAGUUCCUUCAGCCCGGACCCCAAGUCGGAGCUGGGGGCAGUCAAACCCGACGGCCGGCUCAGGUAGCACUGGGCGUGGGUGGGCCGCAGCGGAUGUCAAAGGGAACACAGCCAGAGGGCCUCCCACCCUGGGGGUGCCUUUUGUGGGAGGGGCUCUCCUGGCCAUAGAAUGAUGGAGAAGGAAGGUUCUGAGGCCAAAGCAGGGUCUGCCGAUGACCUGCAUUUGGCAAGCUGGCUCCUGGGGGUGUGGUCUUACCUCUUCCGGCUGGUCCUCGAGUCCUACAGGGUCCUUGUCUUCCCCUCCAGUGACCAAGCCCCCAGACGAGUGAUUCUCAGACUUUUCCUUUGAGCAGCAGAACUUUGUUUACGAAGCGCAGUGGUGGGUGGAGUUCCAGGUGCAGGUGAAAUCCAGGCUGCUCUGGGCGAAGCUAGGGCGAGGGGGGUUCUUCCUCAACGCUCGGCCCACCGGGCGGUCCCUUCGCCAAGGGCAUCUCCUAAGGUACCUCUUCAGAACCCAAGGGCUCUGCAAAACCCAGUUUGAAAAGCACUGCCCAGACGGUGGGUUUGAUCGCCAGCCCCACCCUUCGGCUCCUCUUCCCGCUCCUCUGGCCCAGGAAACCCUGUGCCAGCGCUGAAAUGACAGGUCACUGAAACCAUGCUCACGGGCCCUCCCCAGGGAGGCCGCAGGCCCAGGACGGCUCCAGGCCUCCCACCAGCCCUUCUUAGUCACUACACGAGCAGGGAAGCCUGUGGUGUGACAUGGCCACGGUCCAGCAAGGUGUGACUGCCAACUGUCCUGGGUUCCAUGCCCCCUCCCUUGAGGAAAAAUGGGCUGAUGAACAUCACGUCUCCAGCCAUUCAUGGGCCAGGAGACCAUGACCUUGUUGAUCCUUGACGGUGGGAACACUAGGGCCCAUGGCCAUGAAACUCCUACAGAUGGUUUGGAGCAAAACUCCUGAGCUAGACAGCACAGCAAUAUCCGUCCCCGGCCUGAACCUUUCCAUUCUGAGGUCAGCCCCUCCUCCCACCCCCCCGCCCCCCAAACCUUUGGGAAUCGCACAGUCGGUGCUGUUGGGAGUGACCAAACCAGACUUUUCACGUCCAGGAAAAAGCAUUUCCGAUUCGGUUUUUAAAUCCAUGCCCUUCUUUAUCCCAGGCGACAUGCCGUGUAAACAUGGGACGCUUGAGUGUCUGCUUGUUUAAAACCUAAACAAUAAUAUUAUUCCAACGGCCUGAGCUCCCAGACGCCUGGAGGGUCCCCUGCUCCUCUGAGAGCCCCUCGCAGGAGGCUCGCUUCCUCCUCUGACCCCACCUCCCCCAGAGGACAGGGUUCCCUUGGACAAGUCCCACCCCUGGUUGCAAACCGCCCUUCCUGGGGAGCCAGUUCCUGGUGUGACCCCCAGUGUGACUAUGAAGGUACUGCAGUUCGCUCCGAUGACCUUUCAGCUGUUGCCCCCGUAACCACCCAUCACCCACCCAGCAAGGCAGGAUGUCCUAUGGGCAAUGGAGGGUAUAGAGAAAGGACACUUUAGAUAUUUAUUAUUUAUAUGUUUUAGUCAAUGACUAAUGAGUAGGUGCUGUUUUUGCAGCUUGUCAAUUAUGUUAUCUUACUAACUGAAGCUGCCUUUAUUCACAAAAGGCGCCCCAGCCCUCCCCCUCCCUGUACUUCCCUCCGCAUCUCCUAGUGUCUCUCUCUGUUUCUAUGCGUGUGCGUGUAAGCGUGCGUGUCUGCCCUACAUUCUCCGUGUCCUCAGCAGGGGUGUUGGACAGCAUGAGGUGAGCGCUUCGUUCAGCAUCAUGCACUGGCUGAAAGGGGUGACCUUGGGGACGUUGGAGCCUCACUUUUCCUUAUGCAGGUUGUUAGCUUCAUGUAGCCCCUCCCGUUUCUGGGGGAGUUGGAAUUCCUGAGCCAUCCCCACUCCCGCCCCAGGCACAGGACAGGCCUAGCACCUGUGGCGGGAGAGUGUGCUGACCACAGAGCUUGACCGUCCUGCUCCCUACUGACUCACCUCCCUCGGCCAGUCUGACCACGCGCUUCCAUGUAACAUGACAGACGCACAGGGAAACGGCUGCUCCGAGCCUGGGAGGAAAAGACAUCCAUGUCAGGCAGAGGGUAGGUGGUUGGAUGGCGCCAGGAGUGGCCACUGUCAACAGUGGUCCUCGGGACCUCAGAGUGGCUUUCUCAGAAAGCCCGGUAAUCUCUAAAUGCACUUACAAGCUGUGGGAGGCCUGUGCCACAUCCUCUCUCUGCCCCCAGCUUCUGCCUCUGGCCAGUGUCCCUACACCUGUCCGAGCUGCCCAGGGAGCCUCCCUCCUCCCUCCUCACCAGGCCACGAGGACGUGGGUGUUUCCCAGUGUCCUUUGCAGUGGUUGCGACGGUGCAGCCCCGGCAGGUCCCUGUACGGAGUGUGUGCCUGCAGGCUCCUGCACCUGCUGACGUGGCUGCCUCUUGUUCCCGCCCUGAAACAGGUGGGCCAGAGCUGGCUUAUUCUGGGGACUCCCACACCCCAUCCCUGUCCUCGGCUUCAGUCACCUCUCCCUGCAGUGAAUUCUGGGACACAGAAGUCAUCUGGCUGUUUCUUAAUGUCUUUUGUUUCUGGACAGAGAAUAAUUUUGCAGAUGUUACAUUUGGGGAAAAAAGGGAGAGAGAGAGAGAGAGAGAGAGAGAGAGAGAGAGAGAGGGAGAGAGAGAGAGGGGGAGAGAAAAUGAAUGAGAAUUCCAAACAAAACCCAGGAUGAUUUGAGAAAAAGUGGUCUUUUCCAGGGAAAAUGGCUUAACUCAUUCUUUAAUCUGCCUGAGCAUGGUUUAUUGGCCAGGCAGCCUUCAGCCAUGGUACCCGAGGGCAUUUGUUAAAAGCAUGAGGCCGAGGUCUCCGGAAGCCCUCUUCAGGCUGUGGCACAGUGGCUGGGGGUCGCCACCGCUGGGUCCCGGGACUGCAGGAAAGCUGGGACAGGGUCUGCUUUGGGCAGAAGGAAGCAAUCGGUAGGCUGUGGCCCUCGGCACAGUUUCCCAGCCAGCCCCGUGGCGUGCAGGCCUCCUCUCCCCCUCCUUACCAGGCCGCGAGGACUCGGUGUUUCCCACCGUGUCAUUUGAACCGCUGAGGUCCCUAGAACCACUCUCCCUCCUAGUGGCCUGGUGAGGAGGGAGCUAGAGUAUAGGAGACAGAAAGCCCUCCCAAGUCCCACCGCCCAGGCCUUGCACAAAGCACUAUGUCUCAGGGCUGGGCCAGGGCUAGGAGAGCAGCGAGCAAUUCCCAGGGCCCCCCAUGUUUAACAAGUGCACCCGUUCCUUCCUAUGGAGCAAGGCCUUUCUGCUCAGAUCCGGGGUCAUUCUGACUUCAUUUCCCGUUGUUGGCUGAACUUCUGAAAAUGCAAGUGGCCUUGAGAGAGGCUGAGCACGGAAGGCCACACAAGCCCAUGAAAGGUGCAGACCGCAGCUACUCUGGGCCCAGGCCCGUGUCGUGUGGUCUGUGCUUCCCCCGGUUCUCUAGUUUCCAGGUUCAAGAAGGUCACAGGCUAGAACCUGGGUCUCUUUGCCGAGAAGGUGCAGAAUAGAGGAGAGCAGUGGCUGCUGAGUGUGGGGUGGGACAAAGACCCCUUUCCCAAGCCACGUUCCCUGGGAACUCGGGACACAAGCUCCCCAGCAGCAUCCAAGGCGGAGACACUGGAAAAGCUGUUGGCAGAGGCCUGCCAGGCACCCUAUGGCCGAGGCCACAGCUAUCCGGGGGGUCCGGGACCCUAGCAGUUGGUGUGACAGUGUAGGGAGUGGCGGGGUCUGCUGGCGGCACAUGGCCCCUCCAAAAAGAGCAGCAGCUCCCCAGCUCCAGCCUGUCGGCGCCUGUGAGAAUGCAGGGGCCGCUCAGCAGAACCUUCCACUUUGGUAAAGGAAGCCAGAAACCCAGACUUCAAUAGGAAAUCUGAUUUUGAAAUGUUGGCCAUUUUUUUUAACAGAGGAUGGGCACAGAGAAAUUCCACAGCUCGGGCUGUGCACCUGGCUUUGCAGAAGUGGGUGAAAAGGAGGUCAGGCGUGGCCCCAGGGAGGUGGAGAAAGCCAGCAUUAAGAAAAGGGCAAACAUAGUGGCUCCUGUUGAAUGCUGAAGGGAACAGGAAUCUCUCCCUAAUCAUUCCCAUCCCAAAGACGGUCCCACCCAGGAGGUGUCCCGGGAGAACUGGCUCGUCCUGCUCUCCUGAUCCCCACAGUUUGUGCUGAAGGGAAGGAGGGACACCAUCUGGAGACCCCAACGGUUGCCCCUAGACCCGAGGAGGUCCACACCUUUUGGAAUUCCACCAUGCCCAGGCGGAGGGGUCAGGGACGGGGGCCAGGAAGAGAGGGUGGCGUGGGAAACAGCCCGGCUCUCUCCAAAUCCCAAGUUUUAGCAGCCAGCUUGCCACAUGUCUGGAAGCUUCCCAGGAAGCCCUGCUGGAGCUGAGCUCACUCCCAGGAAGUCCUCCCAGCCUCUGCCUCAGUUACCUUACUUUGCCCAUGGGUCUACCACAGGCGCUACCUCACUGUGUCUGCUGAGAAGUUUACCUGGGGGGGAAUGAAGGUGGCCAGAUCUGCUUGGGCUGAAUGUACAAUCUAUGCAAAUUCUCUGUUUCUCUCUCUUUCUCUCUGAAGUUUUAUUAUUCUUCACCCUGCAAACAAAAUACUGUAUAGACCCCUCUUAAGACUGAGGAGGGCUUUCUUGCGCCACCUGUGUCCGCCCCUCACGUUGUCUUUGGUUCUGUCCUUGCCCCGCCCCAUGCAGGGAGCACGUGGCCCUCCCUCCCCCCGCCCCCCCCUCCACUCAGCUGGAGUUCUCCAGCCGCCUCUGCCCACCACCACCUCCAUUCCUAAUUCAUCUUCUCCAUUCCACGCUUUCUCCUGACUUGCGUAUCUUCUCCCCAUCCCCACCCCCCAAAAGCCUUAGGUUCUCCUUUUUGAAAUGUGGCCUUAAAAUUAUUUUUGGAAAGCUGACCACCCUCUCCCUCCCAUUGCCACCCUCAUCCCAGAAGAAAGAGCCCCUUGAAGCUUUCUUUCUUGGAAACCUCCUAAGCAAGGGGCGGCCAAUCUGUAGUUUGCAGAUGCUUAGAAGUUGCUAAUAACUGUCGUCUUUAGGAAAACUAUUCGUAAGCGUUUCCCAUGGGUGAAAUGAAGGCUUGGGUGCUCACCUCCACCUCAGCCAGCUCCUGCAGCUCUCUCCCGCCCAGCGCCCUGUGGUGAGCGGGCUGGCUCCAUUACCCGCCGAGUGCUAAAUCCAGCUUUCCAACCCUCCCCUUCCCAAAGACGCCAUGACUUACCUACUUCAGUCAAGGGUGAAUCAGGAGAGUUUCCCAAUUUAUCUCUUCGUCCUUCCUGCCUGGAAAGAGAUAGCAUUAAAUAUUCCCAGCUGCUGGGUCGUGUUCUCCAAGGGGCAACACUCUCCCUACAUCCAGAGCCCCUCCUCUUCCCUUCCAUCGCUCCAGGGCUGAUGGAGGCCAAAGACAACCCAGGGUUUUCAUAGGAAAUUCACUGGAAUUGCGCGCAAUCGUCUUUGUAGUCCUUCCUUUUUUUUUUUUUAUUCUUAAUAUUAUGUUGUCAGUAGCGUUGGGUAUUUUUUUAGAGGCCUCACAAUAAGUUAUUACCGUUCCCCUUCAUUUUUUUCCCCGAAGACAUGUGGUGAUAUAGUUUUUAAAAAUAACUAUUUUGUUAUAGAUCAUAAUAUGCAUAAAACUGUACAGAAAUAUUUUGUAAUGUAUUGAUUUUUUUAAAAAGAGAGAAUCUGUAAAUAGAGUUUUAAAAAAAGAGAGAAUUCAAACGGCACACACUGAAAGAUGUAGAUAUUUUGCUAUUUAUUUAAAGGAGUAUUUUAAGAGAUAUUGAACUAUCUGAAAUUGACCAGAAAUCAAAGUUCCAAUCACCCGAAUGCUUGUUCCUCGCGGUAGAAUGUGAUUCUCGGAAACAAUUGCACUACCCGCCCAUUUUUGCACCUUUUCUGUCUCUUCAUUUAGCAGAAAAACGACAACAAAAUUGUGCCUUAGCUGUAUUUUUUUGUCUAGGGGAGUUUGUUUCUGUCUGACAAAGCAAAUUUUUUUGCAGAAAACAGUGGAUGUAAUACUGUACCAUACCAAAAACGCUGCAGGUGUACAUAGAUGCUUUCUGUCAUACCGUGUUUUCAGAUGCAGAAUUUUAAAAUUAAAAAAAAAAUACUGUCUUUAUGGAA